AAGUGUAGUUGAUUUUUGCUCCUCCGGCCCUUCAAGCUUCUCUGGCUGCGUACCUGAAGCGAGGCGCGAGGCUUGAGGCUUAAGUUAGAAGUUUCGUUUUAGGAGAAAGAAGGAGGCUGCCCUGGGGUCCCUGCCCGAAAGCGUCAAGCCAGGCUCUGAGCAUGGAGGAAUAGGGAAAGGAGGGGGCGCGAUCAGAAUAUGAGAGUCACGGCCACAGCUGCCGGUUGCUGCCUUUUGAUCCUGCCAUCUGUCUUAACCCCUCAUCUACGUGGGGGGCAUGAGUGAUGCUGGUGCCUGCCACAGAGAUGGAUGCCUUCCGACAUUCUUACACUAGGCUGUGCAAGGAGAGCGGUGCUGAGCCUCAAGAGAGCAUCCUGCAGCACUUGGAGGAAGCGGCAGGACGAAACCGCUUGGAUUUGGCCACGCAGAGCCUUUCUGUAGAUACAUGUGGAGUCCUUGGCAAGCUCUUGCAGGAUGACCUCCAGUUCACUGAGAUUGUACUGAACGAUUGCAUGCUGAGUGAAGAAGGGGCUAAGCUGCUAUUACAUGGACUUUGUUCCAAUACAGUUGUGAAGUUCUUAAAUCUGAAGGGAAACAAUCUACGAGCUGUUGGGGCUGAGGCUCUGGGAAAGCUUCUCAGGCAAAACAAGACUAUCCAAAGGCUCACUUUGGAAUGGAACAAUCUGGGCGUAUGGGAAGAAAGCUUCACUAUCUUCUGUGAGGGGCUUGGUGCCAACAGCCAUCUUCAGAUGCUCGACUUGCGCAAUAAUCAAAUCAACCACCAGGGGGCAGGAGAACUAGCCAUGGCACUGAAAGCCAAUUCUAGUCUACAGGAACUCGAUCUGCGCUGGAAUAACAUUGGGCUCUUGGGGGGCCGAGCACUUCUAAACUGUCUUCAUAGCAACCGGACACUACGGCAGCUCGAAUUGGCUGGAAACAAUGUACCCAGUGAUAUCCUGAAGGCUGUGGAUCAAGCGAUGGAGCAUAACCAAGAGCGUCAGAAUAUGCUCUGCAAAACUCAUAACAUGACAAAAAUUCUCAGCAAGGAGGUGCUGUGCUUGAAAGAAGAAAAAGCUAAACAGUUCCUGGAUCUAAUGGACACCAUUGACAAGCAGAGAGAAGAAAUAAACCGCAGCAACAGGGUAUCGGCAGUACGAGUCGGGCAUCUGCAAGAGGCCCUGAAUGAGCGCCAUUCUGUGAUGAAUUCCUUAAAAGCAAAACUCCAGAUGACGGAAGCAGCUUUGGCUCUGUCAGAGCAGAAGGUGUGCAAUCUGGGAGAACUGCUGAGUGCAGCAAAGCAGGAGCAAACAAGACUGGUGGAGAACCACACCAAGGAGUUUCAACAACACAAGAAGAAUUCUUCUGAUUGUGAGGCAAAGCUUCUGCGGGAACUUUCAACAGCCAAUGAGAAAAAUAUCCAGCUCGCGAAUAAGGUGGAUGAGCUGGAAAGAAGAUGCAAAACCCAGCAAGAGCAGCUGUUCCAGGUGAAGGAGGAGCUGACCCACACAACUGCAGAAAUGAAACUGAGAGCUCUACAGGCUGAAGAGCGUUUGGAGAAUGAAAAGAAGCGAUUCAAGCAGGUCCUGGAUGAUACAGAAUCCCUUCGUCUGAAGGAGGUGGAUCACAUAACUCAGCAUAUGGAGACAAGUGAGCACGCCUUGCAGGAACGCAUCCAAAGGCUGGAGGCCAUCCGCAUUGGGCUGGAGGAGGAACUGAGCCGUGUGAAAGCUGCUGCACUUCUUGAGCGAGGCCAAGUUGAGGAAGAAGUCAUCAGAGCCAAAAACCAAACGCGGCUGGAAGAG